CAAAAAUAAAACCCUCAUCAGGUCCAGCCCUUCCGUCAUCUAGGGUUUAGAUUGCCAAUUCCCCAAUCAAAACACCACCCCAAUCCUGAUUCAAAUUACACCAAUAUUUCUGUAAUUCGGCGGUAAAAUCAUCAUGGGGAAGAACGACUUCCUAACCCCAAAGGCAAUUGCCAAUCGGAUCAAGGCCAAGGGACUUCAGAAGCUUCGAUGGUACUGCCAGAUGUGCCAGAAGCAAUGUCGAGACGAAAACGGCUUCAAAUGCCACUGCAUGAGCGAAAGCCACCAGUGACAGAUGCAGAUCUUCGGCGAAAACUCUAAUCGCAUAGUCGAUGGCUACUCCGAGGAGUUCGAGCAAAGUUUUCUCGAUUUGAUGAAACGAAGCCACCGGUUCAGCCGUAUCGCCGCCACCGUGGUCUACAACGAGUACAUCAACGACCGCCACCAUGUUCAUAUGAAUUCGACUGAGUGGGCCACGUUAACCGAGUUCGUGAAGCACUUGGGGAGGACGGGUAAGUGUAAGGUUGAGGAGACGCCAAAGGGUUGGUUCAUUACUUAUAUCGAUAGAGAUUCGGAAACCCUUUUCAAGGAGAGGUUGAAGAACAAGAGACUCAGGGCGGAUAUGGCUGAGGAAGAGAAGCAGGAGAGAGAGAUUAAGAAGCAGAUUGAGAGGGUUGCUCAGUCGAUGCCCGUGGGUAAUGGGGUUGAUCAAGGUUCAGAAGAUGAGAUCCAUAGGAUUAAAGUGGAGAGUGGGGUCAAGAUUGGUUUUGCACUUGGGUCCUCGAAAUUGGGUUCGAAAGAAAAAGGGGAGAGCUCGAAAUUGGUUUUUGAUGAGGUAGAUGAUGACAAGAGUAAGGUUAAGAAUUCGACGAAAAAUGGAAGUAGUGGUGGCGCGGGGAGCUUGGCAUUGGAGGAGUUGAUGAGGGAGGAUGAGAAGAAGGAGAGGAUUAAUAGGAAGGAUUAUUGGUUAUGUGAAGGAAUCAUUGUUAAAGUUAUGAGUAAAGCAUUGGCUGACAAGGGUUACUAUAAGCAAAAAGGGGUUGUGAGAAAAGUGAUCGACAAGUAUGUGGGGGAGAUUGAAAUGCUUGAAAGCAAGCACGUCUUGAGAGUUGACCAGGCAGAGCUGGAGACCGUGAUUCCGCAAAUUGGGUGCCUCGUGAAGAUAGUGAAUGGGGCUUACAGAGGAUCAAAUGCAAAGUUGCUGGCAGUGGACACAGAUAAGUUUUGCGCUAAGGUGCAGAUAGAGAAGGGUGUGUAUGAUGGUAGACUUCUUAAAGCUGUUGAGUAUGAGGAUAUUUGUAAACUUGCCUAAUGAGUUUGCUUGAAAACCUUUUUAAUUGAGACUGAACUAUAUUUUUUUUAUGAUUGAUCAUCUGCCUUUCAAAUGUGUUACCUUGUUUUGAAUGUCUAUUUGUUACCCUGUUUUUAAAGUCUAUUCUGAUACUUUUGCAUGUUUCUUCUGUCUCCUUGUAUGUUUAGGCCUUGAAAGUUUGAACAUUAUUUUGUAACGUUUAUCACUAAAUUUUUUUACUUAUAUCAGUUUGUGUACAGUCAUAGUAGCUUGGUUGUAAACUCAUUCCUGUCUUUCAGUUAUAUUGUAAUUAAUAUAUUUAACUUUGUAUUUUAUAUGGAAAUUCACACUGCAUAUAGCAUCUGAAUAUGCAGAUUCAUUCAUCAUUGCGGACAUUGUUUAGAGGACAAAAUAGAAAUUUCGAUGCAAUUGCUGGUAAUUGAUAACACGACAUUUUUUCUAAUUUGUUGCAAUGGUUUAUGUUUUUUAUACGUUUUAGUCUGACCCAAUUUUCUACAGCCCCAUUCUUGUUCGUUCUAUAUUACCUAACAUUGAAGUGUUUCUGUGUGAUACGUAUUCCUUCAAGAGCUGAACACAUGUGGGAGCUCUCCCACUUUUGGGCACUGGUGCAUGAAGCAAUGGAUUAUUUUUUUCCUUCAGGAAAUUUUACUACCAUUUAAGAGUUGGUUGUGGGGUUGAGUCUUCACCCAGUUGAUGUCUGAAAGUAGGUGCUUGGUAAUGGAAAAGUUGAAAAGCAUAUUAAUGUGGGAUGAGAUACUAGGUACAGCAAUAGAGGUGUUAGGAUAGUUGUGUUGUGUCCUCGUCCAACUGCUGCCUCUCAAGAUUGACUUUGCAAAGUUGGUAUGCAAAAUUCUUUAUGUCAAAUCAUACCUGCCUAUUAUGUAUGCCCUGGUUCUUUUGACACCAGUCUAGAGCCUCUGUGAAUGGUUUUCUGCUUGUGGAAACCAACGGUUCUCAUUGCACAUGUAUUCCAUGGUUAUGUUUCCAAUAUUUUUAUGCACUGUUACACGGUUCUUUUUGCAAUACAUAUUUUCUGUGGAUGAACAA